AUGCUCCAAGGAGGAACCUCAACAUCUGAGAUGCAGGCGACUACCUUACCUGAGCUUCCAUCAAGAGAGGUUGGCCAUCUUCUGCUCGAGACUGUCUACCUUUACAUUCAGGCACGCUAUUGUAUCGUUGAUUGGGUCCAAUUGCGGGAGUGGCAUCAACGUAGAGAUACCAUCUGCUAUUCGACAAAAGAUGACGAUCUUGACACUCAAACUGGAGCAUACUUUAUUUGGAUCAUCUAUGCCAUCGGGGCUGGGUUUGUUUCCAACCCGGAGUAUCCGCCCAGGGCCUACUUCGCGCGUGCACUCAAAUAUUUGCACCCAAUCUUGACACUUCAAAACUCAACUACUGUGCAAGCGCUGCUUUGCCUGUGCCAAUAUCACUUCCGAACAACCACCCCGGUGAACGUUGACAUUGACUGCACAGAUUCGGACAAAAUCAAAGAUCUUCAGUUCCGCCAGAGAGCUGGCGAAGAUGGUAGUCAGAUAGGUGGACUGACAUCGAUCAGCUCUGCAUUGCAUCAUCUCGAAUUUUAUCGCUUGAAAUCAAGAAUUAUGACAAGACUUUUUGGGCCACAUGCGCUCCCACCGACUUACGAAGAUGUGCAGAGACUACUUUCUGAGCUAGAUAACUGGAGAGCAACAGCACCUCAGAACAUUCCUAAGAACCUUCCCCGACAGAGCGACACAAGGAAGCAGGGCUUCUACCUUCAAGCGGUUCUUCUAACGAUGCGUCCGGUCUUGCUUCAACAGAGUGUUGACGAACACUUGCUGCUUCUGUGUGCUGAAAAAGCUGCUGAUGCUUGCGAGAUUGGGAGACUGCUCAGCAUAAGUCCUGAGACUCACCCAUCCCUCACAGACUUAUACCAGAAUUUCUAUUGUGGUAUCACUCUAUUGCAGUGCCUGGCUUUACAAUCGACGAUUUUACCGGCGAGACGGAUUGCACGAGCCAUAGUUGCUUGCUCCAGCACUCUUUCGGUGUGCACGCGACAAUUUCCCGUUGGAGCUCCAUUUCUCGAAAUCUUCGAGAAGCUCUCUGACAGGUUCCUCGGGCCUCAUGAUGAAUUAACUAGUCACGAACCAAGCUCAAUGCUUCACUUACGGACUUUGCUAGAGGAGAUCAUGUCGAACGAUCCAUCUCAGGUAUCCAGGAUAUUGAACUCAUUGUCUCCUGACGCACAAACUCUAUACGAAACAAUACCCGUCGAAGGCAUUUCGACAGAGUCACAUUUCCCGAUGACAGGGGAAUUUUUCUCCGCAAUGGGAAUCAGCGAUGUUGCAAUGCCAUUUGACAUGCCAUUUGACAUGUUAUCAAUGAAUGGUUCUCAGCCAGACAUGACUGAUCUCUGGGGAGUCUCAUAAUCAUCUUAGCGAAUCGGUAUCUUUCAUGGUAUAUUAUUCUGGUUCAGCUACUCUGGAUAACAUUCAAAGCUGACUCUGAAGAGCUGGGCCAUUUGGUUGCGGAAACUUGAAGUCACGGGCUUGUAACGAAUCAUUAGCUUUGUCAUAUUCUUCGCGAACGGUGCAACUCACGCUCUGCCAUCUGGAUCUUAGACAUCUCUCUUGGUCCAUACUCUCCCUGCUCCAGCCCAUUGCAUAUUUUACCUUCCUCGACGGCCCUCCACUUCCAAAGUCCCUGCGAUAUUGACAGGCGAAAAGAAGUCCUUACC